AUGGCGUGUUCAUCGGGCAAAACCAGGCUUGUGCGAGGGCCGGCCCGUCACCCUCGCGGCCCCCCGAACAUUUCGUAAGCCCGGCCCGGCCCGGCCUUAGUGGGCCUCAAGAAAUAAUGGCCCAAAACGCGCAAUUUUUUUCUAGUCGAAGAUCAAGUUUUUUUACGACAAAAAUUAGGUUUUUGCUCAUUUUUUCACUAAAAGUUUAACAAAAACCAUGAUUUCAAAAGUAAAAGUAACAUUCCGGUGAAAAAUUUUUUUAAAUGAAAUUUUUAAAUUUUUUUGAAGCCCGGCCCAGCCCGGCCCGAGCCCACGCAGGCUUUUUUUCCUGAAAAAUAAGGCCCAAAGCCCGGGCCAGGCCGGUCCGGGCCGCCCGGCCUGACGCACAAGCCUGGGCAAAACGAAAAUUGCUUCGAAACGCAAGUAAAUUGCUCCAAAACAAAAAUUAGUACUGUUUUGGAGCAACUUUGGCGCGCCGAUGAACACGAUUUUUCGUUUUGAAGCACGUUCCGUUUCUCCGAUGAACACGCCAAAAAAUUUUCUUUCAAAGGCGCAGAAAUGUUCACGGAGCUGAUUAAUUGUAACGAUGAGCUGUUCAAGGAGAUAUAUACAGCUUUUCUAUUUCCAAUUUUUUUUUUGCGCCAAAGUUGCUCCAAAACGGUACUAAUUCUUGUUUUGGAGCAAUUGUUUUUUGCGUUUUGAAGCAAUUUUCUUUCGUAGUUACUAACGAUCCAUUCGUUCUAUUUUUUUUUUCCUAAAAGUGUUUAAUUCACUUUUGACACUACUUUGAACGUCGCUUACACUUUACGUUUAAGUUUAAACUGGGAAUGUUUCUUCUUUUUUCUUCGAGUUCAGAAUUUAAGUUUUUGGUCAAAUAUAUCUCUAUAAAUGUGAAUAGAAAUGUUAAAUGAUUUAACUGACUUUCAUAUUGCAUAGGGAGUGUGUGUCGUUCCUUUCUCAGCUCCUUGAACCCCUAGAUUUUCGAUUUUCCGCCGGUCACUUCUUAUAUGAAAGAGGAAGAUAAAUAAUUUGAGUAUUCACGCAGUAUUCUAAUUCCGUCGGCAAGUAUCCGCAUAGGAGAUCUCCGCUGAGAGCUUUCCCACGAUGAAAGGUGCUCACUUCCCAGGAACUUGAAGCAUAACCUUUUAUUAAUAAAUACAGCUUUGAAGUGAAGAUGAAAAUAGAUUUUCAGAUCAAAAAUAUCAAUAUGAGGCUCGGUUGGACGAUCUCGUCGGCGAAGAACGGUCAUCAGCUGCGCUGAGGUCUGCUUUUUUUAUUUAUUUAUCUGACAUAUUUUUUUGAGAAAAAAAGUUUGCGUAUCUUCGAUACAUUUUUUACAAUUCUUGCUGUUCACAACGCCUGUUGAUUUGAACUGAAAAAAACUUAAGUUUUUUUAAAAUAUAUAUCAUAGCUACGGCCGAAUUUUUGAAAAAAUGAGAUAAGGUGUAAUCAAAUUUUCCUUCUCCUUCCAUUCAAAAAAUAAAAACUCGCUAGAAGAUUGUUUUACAAAUUUCUGCUUCUUGAUAUAUGAAACUUCUUUUUUAAUUCUUCUUCUCAUUACAUUCCAAUUGUUAAUAUUAAAAGUCAACCUUGAAAGUCCAUAGCUCAUCAUGGCCAAAGUGUUCAUUCUUUUUGCACAAAUUGCCUUCGUUCAAGCGUGUUCUCGUAUCCAAAUAAGGCCCAUGAUAUGGGCUAAGGAUUUGUUAGAGUAUCUCUAAUAAGACUACGCAUUUUUUCUUGUCUCGCCUACUUAUAGCUGACAAGUCUAGUUAGUUUCCAACCUAGACACUCCUAUAAAACGAAUAAAAUUAUAUUCCGAGCAAUAACUUCUUGGUUACAGACUCUCUUCAGUUUGAAAUAUUUUCUGAUUUUCUCGAUGGUAUGUUUAAAGGAGCAUGCUCUUCUCUAAUGAAAUUCUGAAGCGAAAAACUUUUUUCACUGUUUUCAGGUUGCUUAAAACUUCUGCGACCUCUAUACUCCGUCAAAAAACUCUAAUGAAAUAAUCGGCGUAUGAUGUAACUUAAUUAAGUCAUAUGAAAACAAGACGCUUAAAGGAUGAUAAAAGUUUAAUUCUCUAAUUAGUGAUUUCCAUGUGACUUUUUUCUCACCGCAUUUCAAAAUUUUUUUUAACCUUCAUGAGUAUUGGUCAGUUACCAACGCUUUCUUUUUGGGUUUUCUUGCAAUUGUUGCCAAAAAAAAGACAAUUAAUUUUGAAAUGGGCCAUCGCAAAUCAAGCUUUUUUGUGAUUUUUAUUCUUUUUUUUUCAUUCGGAAGUUUUUUUUGCAAUUGUCUGAUAUAUUUUAAUCGUUUAUGUGUAAAUUUGUAUUAAUCACUUUUCGUUCUUGAAAACUUUAGUAUACAUUAAGUUUUUUUAGUCUUCGAAAAAUUUUUCUCAAUAGAAGUAUGCUUCAAUACUUUUCGUUAGAUGACAAUAAUCAGACAUCAUCAAUCUUAGACGUCGCAGACAACAAUGGAAUAUCACGAACUAAAAAUAAGACAAGUGAGACUUACUCUUCAUAAAGCGUUGGAGUCUUGUUUUUUUCUAUUCUUGAAAAACAACCGUUCAGUUUUUGGAUGAUUAGAUCACUAUGUAGUCGUUUGUUGUAGGAAGGAACUUGGAAAGUAUUUCGAGAGACAUUUUUGAAGUCGAAAAUCACCACUUUCAUCAAUCGUCAAAAUUUCCAUAAAUAUUUCUGAAGGUAAAAAUGAAUGGUCACGUGAAUGUAAUUGUGAAAAAAGUGCUAAUAAGUGCUGGUCAGACUCUCCCAUCCAGGUACAUAACAUCUUUGACCGUCCCAGUCAGCUCAGAGGAAAUGGUUUUAAAUUAAUAAAAACAAAACCUUCACUGGUUUUCUUCAAUUUCUUAUCACAUCGCAUUACUAAUGUUUGGAAUGACAUUGAACAUGAAUUAUUGGCAGAGGAAGACAAGAAAAAAUUUAAGGACAUGUUUUUAGUGUAUGCAGAAGAUGUUGGCGUCGAGCAUAUUCUUUCAAGUGCUCACAGAUUUGUGCCAUGAUCAACUUGGUUUUAAAUAUCUACUUAUUAUGGUUCUAUGUUUCUUUUCUUACACAAAAAACUUUUUUUUUCUUCACAGGUGGGGUUAGUUAAUCCACCUAGUGGUCUUUUUCCCUCCCUGCAACAUCACCAUACCAUCCCGAUGUUGCGAAAAAUAAACAAAUUGAAAAAAAAGGUCUUCAUCGGAAUACAAGGACAGCUUAGGGAUUGCGGCUGUUCGAAGGGAGUUCGCAGGUCAGUUCCCAAGCCGUCCGUCUUGCACGAAGUCUUCCUUUUCUUCUUGCUCGGUUAACACGAUCCGACGUUGCUCCGCCGUCGCAUAACUCAAUCGGCAGACCGCCUCGGGCUUUGACCGACGGCUUUCGACGCGUUUCCCGUCUUGUUUCCUUGAGUCCUUCCUCCGCCGGGUACUGACCUUUCCUUCAAAAGAAUCCUGCAAAACAGGAUCUUUUAUUGUUAAUUUUUGUUCUUCUGAGCUACGCAAACUUUGUUUGGCGCAUCAAGUUGAUGAAGGGCUUCGUUCAAUUUGAACUAAACUCCUCAAAUCUUGCUUUUUGGAAUGAAUGAGGUGUUUCGUAAAUUUGAAAGUUAGAGAAAAUUGCUUUUUGGUUCGAAAACAUCGACUUGGAUAAAUAUUCGGAAACUGUUUGCUAUCAAAAAAAGAAUUUUGCUUCUUUUCUGAACAAUGUUUCACUAUUUUUCCUAGUUGGAUUAUUAAACAGUAUCGAAUCUUUAUUUUUUUUCCUCAUUAUCCAACUUCUGUACAGUUUUUUUUUGCUGCUGUGUACUCAAAUAGUCAAUGAGCGUUUGUUUCAAAAUGAUUUUUUUUUGGAAUUUGAAUAUUUCCGGGAGUUGCUGAGAGUUUCAGUUUUUCUUUUUUGAAGCUUUUGAAGCUUUUGUUGAGGUUACGUUUACUUUGGCUAAGGGGUUUGUAAAGUUCCUUGAUUGACUAUUUAUCUUCUAUUCUAUUGAAAGAAUUGAGCUGAAACCUUUUGGGAAGCCUUUGUUAAUCUAAAUUGGACGGAAUCUUUGUUUUUUUUUUCUCAGAUGUUCUUUGAAUAUUUCAAUUGACAUUUUUUUCAAAAUUUACAAAUAUUUUGAAAAAAUUGCAGAAGGAAAUUAUCUCGUUGAAUAAGAAUUUUUUUAAUUAUUUUUUUACUUUUUAACUCAUAAAUGUCCACUUACUAGUUAGGAGUUCAAAAUAAAUGAUACUACAUAUAAUUUUCUCGAUCUCUUUUUAGUAUUCUCUAGAAGGAACCUUGUGAUUUCAGUUCAAUUGGGCGUGGGUGCUCGUUACAAUGUCUGCUACAUCACGACAUCAUUGCUUCCUUUUUCUUCCCGUUCCAACCGAAAUGUAGAAAUGUCUAGACUCUUUUUUCAUACGAGUCGAGGCUUUUGUAAAUUUCAUUUUGGGUUAAGAAAAAGUUUUGUGGGGCAGAACAUAAUAUGCAGAAGUGUAUGCGAAAUUCGGAGAGUUUAGUGUCAAAAGCAAGUGAUUUUUUUUUUGAUUCGAAGGAGCUUGUUUCUGGACCACAGAGAACCAGUUAGGCAAUUUAGAGUCUCUUUGAGAAUGUAAAACUGAAAUUUUAUGAAAAUUUUUCCCUGGUGUCAAUAAAGAAUAAAAUAUAAAAAGAUUUUGAAGUUCUCAAUUUUGUGCAUCUUUUCUUCCCCCAAAAUGUUCCUAAAUUUCUCGAUGGAUAUCCAAAUCAUUUGCUUUUUGUUUUUCCAGUUUUCCAACUCUUUUUGUUAUAAUUCAAUAUUUUUCAUUGUGCGACGCUCAGCAAUCAUCACAUGAAAUGGUUAUAACUCAUCCUGAAAGAUUUUUGAACUUGUCUAGUCCAGAAUGUUUUGUGUCGAAAAAGUAUUUAUCAUGUAGAGCUUCGUUUUGCGUUUUUGAUUCUCUUUCAACGGGUUCGGAAACCACGAUGACCCCGGCAUUAGUCAAUGGGAAAUGAGCUGCGCACAAAAAGCUAAUGGCUUUUUUUCCAGUUCCGAUUUGAAACGUUCUCUCCUCAGGUUGAAGAACAUUCAUUGUGCAUAAGUUCAUUUCAUCUUUUCUGCCGCAACAAAGACUUUAUUUUGAGAAACGUCCAGUUCUUCUCCCUCAAACUGAAACACCAAUGGUCUCUCAAAGUGCAUUAGAACUGCCCCUUUAUCCGUAAAUCACGUAAAAAUGGGGGAGCAAGAAUUAGCCCAAAUGGCCAAAAAAUAAGAAGACGAAAAAUAUUUUGCAAAGGUUAAAGCAGCACAAAUCGAAAAGUUCCCACGAAAGUUGACAACAACUCGCUUUUACGUUGAAUGGUGCCGUAAUUUCAAACGCUGCUAUGCUUCUUGGUUAUUGAAGAAAGACGAAAGAUGAAAAAGACUCUUUUGAUUGGAUUUUAGCCUACUAGACCCAUUCAAGGUUGAUUUUUUAAAGUUUCCGAGCGAAAAAAAAAGCUCUGAAAGUAGGCUUUUACAAACAAAAAAAAAUCUAAUACAGAGAAUUGAUUUUUUUAAAUAUCGAGUGUAAUUUCUCAAAAAAAAAAACGAAAAUUUUGAAAAAGUUCAAACUUUCAGAAUCAUAUUUUACACCGAAGAGUGUUUUUUUUUCAGCAAAAUGGACUCUAAACCUCCGAAUAGAAUGACUCUUCUUUCGAAACAAGAAUAUAUCAUUGAAAUCUCCAAUAUUCCUGGAAGUUUCUCUGCAUUUCUCCUUUUUUUUUGCAAAAAUUCGCCCUAUCGUCUUAUCUUGAUAAGCCCUUUAUUAAAGCCUACGCGGAUUAUUCUUGGGAAACUAAAAGCUAUUUUUUAUCUCAACCAUAUUCCAUUGAUCUCUUUGGACCGUAGAAGAUGGAAAGAUAAAAUGAGUUGAAACCCGAAUUAAGUCGACCCAGACGCCAAAUUCAUUGUGGUUCCUUAUUCGGAGCAGUUGAUUUGAUGAAGAAGCUUCGAGGUGUGGCCGCAGUCCAGCUUUUUCCUUCUUUCUCAAGCUACCAGUCAGUUCAUUACAUUACUUGCAGUUCAUCACAUCCCGGAACUUGAACUGGCAGGUUUUUUUCUGGCUAAGGUUGAAAUAAUAAGUUUUUGUUACUUGUGUUCCUAGGUUGUUUUUUUAACUGUCAGUGUCCAAACUUUUUGGGAAAUAUAUCUAACUUUUUCAUAGAGCCUUCAAGGAAACCUGUUACUUUGGUCAUAACCCGCAAUGAUUGGAAAUUGUAUCUUACUUCAUUAGAGGGCGGAAAAUCUGUCGGCGACAUCUCAAAGAUCUACAAUAUUUGUCUAUAAAUACGAAACCGCAAAAACGGUCUGUUUUUGAGCCACCUUCCGCUAAUUUAGGGUUUUAUUCCGGUUGAAUAACUCAGGAAAACACGCAGUUUUUUGAUUACGCAGAUAACUUUUUUUAGGAUUUGAAAUAAGGUCCAGUUUGGUCUUCAUUACGCUUCGAUGAAAGGACAUCAACUUGCUGUCUGCGUAAAAUGUUUGGCUCCCCAAAUGUUCAACAAAAUUAGUGGAACGGGGCUUUCCCCAAGGCGAAUCUUUUCGACAAAAUUUCACGUUGGUUACUUAAAAAACCAAGUAAAAGUUUACAUUAUUCGUGAUGGAGAGAUACUUGGCUGAAGGAAAAAAAGCACGUUUGACUGAGCCCAAUUUUUUUCUGGCUGGAAAAUACAACCAAGAAAAACUUCCUGGUAGUAGGUUCACAUCACAAUUGAGAAAGGCGUCAGAAAGGUUUAUGAACUACAUUUUACUCAGUAAAAACAGGGAAUAAAUGUACUUGAUGCUUUCUUUCUCGAAAAGCAGAGAGGAACAAAAAAGUUGAGUUCUGAAAUACUGUUUUUUUUUUUUUUGCCAAACUCAAGCUAUAUUCUUCUUCAAAAGCUUUCUGCACUUUUAAAGGAAAUCUUUUUUUUUAGAAACUGCAGAAAAAAAGAAAACCGAUGCGCGGCUUAUUUUGUAUACUCCGAAAAAAUAAAAUCAAAGCUCUUAUUUUCAAGCUUUUACCAAGUUUUUGGUUUGCAACUUUGCAAUUUUUGAAUCGAGCAAUUCAUUAUUUUCUCUAAGGUAUCAUCGUAAUUUCAAGCAAAGAAAAAAGGGGCGGAGCUGGAGGAUGUUUGGCUCCGCCUCUUUCUCUGGUUCGUGCUCUUCUGAAUUCGCCCCUUUUGAGUCUGUGCAUUGUCUUCUUACAUUUUAGGGAUAUUUAGGCAAUUUUUCGAUCUCUACUGAAAGAUCUGUUGUUCAGGGAGUUCCUAUUAAUAUAUGAUAUUUUCUAAAAAAUCACCUGCUCUUUUUCAAUUAUUUGCUGAUAUUUAAAAUAGAAUACCAGGCAUGUUGUUUUCUCAACAAGAAAAUCGAUAAGAAAGGAAGUAUCUAAGAUUUGAAAAAAAAGACCUUUACAAGUUAACUUUUAUUUUUCUAUAACUAUUUCAUGCCUCUAUCCAAUAACAGAAUUCUUAACUUUGACUCCAAUAUCUUGUACUUCGAAAGGCCGAACUUGACGAAAAACUUUCCUGGAAAUGAUUUGAAAAAUAAAAUUUCCGAAUUUCCGUGCCCUCCUGUUUUGCCAUGAAUUAUAAAGGUCACUCGCUGUUCUCCAGACACGACCUCAUUAUUUUUAUUAUUCCUUUUGCUUCUCCGGUGAGAAACUGAAAAGCUUGAUAUUACAGUAAGAAAAGAAGAAAAGAAAAAGUAGUCGAAAAACAUUAAGGAAACUACUUUUUUAGCAUUUACCUGGCAGGUGAAGGUGAUAUCAGCGUUUUAUUCCGCUUCCCCAUUUUCAAUCCGUCUUGGCUUCGUCAUUUUCAAUUAAGGCUCUUUCCGUUGCUCGUUCAUUUAGUUCAUUACUCUUCAAUUUAGCGUCCUUUCAUGUCAUUUUGUUCGCAUUCCAAUGCGACUUGAGGAACUUUGAACCCAUUAUCGGGCUCUAGAAUAGUGAGAUGUUUUUGAAAAAGGGAAAAAAUUGGCGAAGCUUUUUUCCAGUCAAGAAUUUGUAUAGCUAACCUUACAAUCGAACCUACAAUUUUUUUCAUGUAUUGGUCUCUGGCCGCCACAUGACCGACGCCAGUGUUUUCGGCGUUCCGAUCGUAUGAAUAUUCUAAAGCGUUCAGUUUCUUAGAAAGUAGCUCUAAUGUAUAGUUGAGUCGUCUACGGUUUCAAGUUUGAGGAAUAUCUGAAUACAAAGGGACCCAUGAGUUCUUAUUUUUGCCGUCUUCUUCGAAAUCAUUUUUUUUUUAAAUCGACUAGUUCAUUAAAUUUUGCUCAAAUGAAUUGAAACAAAGACUCAAAUCAAAUUUAAUCUUUUCUCUCAAACAUUUUAUGAGUUUAUGUGUAAUACAUCUUUUUGAUAAGUGCAUCUUUUGCGCGUCGUGAAGGCCCUAAAGAGUUUUGAAGUUUGUUGGAUAGCAUGGUAGGCAAAACGAUUCCCCCAUGAAUGUACUAUGAAAAAAGCGUUUUCAAUGCUUCUCGUUCCACUUAACGACUUCUAUACUUUUCGAAACAUUUUUUACAAAAAUUUUCGGUUUUCAGAAUGACCGCGGCCACAGAAGCAGAAACGUGGCUUUCUAACAAAUCCGCCGAAAUGACGUCACAGGAAGAGGUGACGUCAUCAAACGGUUCCGUCAUCAAAAUGUGGAUGAUCCUCGUGGGAAUCACCAUCACUGGGAUCGUCCUCAACUUGGGGAUUUUGAUCCGACGAAAAUUCAACUCGUGAGUUUCCAAGAGAAGUUUGAAUCAUAGAUAAAGUUAGCAAGGCGCAAAUUUAAUAAUAUAAAAUAGAGAUUAAAAAAAAAUAUAUAUAUAUAGACUUUUUUUCUAGUGGAGCAUUGUUUAACCUCGAAGAAAAUAGAAAAUAAAUAUCCAAAAAGCUCAAAAAGUUUCAAGCUGUUUCCAUGGGUGAAAGAUCAAGGAAAAAGAUCUUCGAAGAUCAUUUUUUUCGUUUGCAGUUUACCUCUUUGCGUCGUUAAUGACGUCCUGAAUAUAUUUGAAUAUUUAUUUGAUUCUUUGCAAACAGGAAAAAGAGAAAAAAACAGUCGAAAUUCAGUCUUGCACAUAAAUGAAUGGAGACCCCUUCAGGUGGGAAUGGACUAGAAAGAGCAUCCUUUGAAUUAAAGAUCAAAAAAGCCGGUUGGAAGGGCGAUCUUUGUUUGAGAAAAUCUAGGAUCUUCCUUAAGAAGUUUUUGGCGUGCUUGUGUCAAAUUUAGUGUGAAGUCGGCUCUAAAAUGUAACGGCGAAACUGGAGACGAUUUUUGAAAGUAUACUUUUUGUGAAAAUCCACUGAAAAUGAAUAGGUUGCUGAAGUUUUCUGAGUAAGUUUUGAAGGUGAUUUUUGAGUAGUUUUUGUGAAGUGUUUCAAGUCAACGAACAUAUAGAGAGAGCUGGUGUCAGUCAAGAAUAAUAAUAUUGAAGUCACUUGACAUUCCAUAGAUCCGAGUUGACAAACAAUUAUUUUUUCCACGAAACAUUUGAGUAGAGUGGAGCACCGAUAGAAUAGGAAGAUUUUUUUGAUAAUUAGAGUUUUCUUGUUAAAGUAAUGUUUUUUUCAAUGAAUUUUCGACUUUGAACGCAUGUGAUGAUCUUCGUACCAAUGAGAUUUCAGAAUUUAAAAACCAAAAAUUUCCCUUUGACCCAAAAACGUGUGUCGAAAAGAAGGAGAUUGCAUUAAUUAGGAACUAUUUUGUUUUGACUGCCCUUAAUCCAAUCACUCGCGACGUCUUUCCAACUCUCCGAGUUUCGUGGUUUUUGUUGCUCUCUUUCGUAAUCGCUUUUUGUCUGAGAAAUGCCAUUGUUAGGCCAGAAAAAAAAAAUUUGAUUCAUUUCCUGGGAAACUGAUUCAAAUAGUCUCAUGGAGCAAGUGGGAUUCCAAAAGUAAAAAACCAAAAUGAGGGCGGACGUCUAGUAAAAUACGCUAAAAAGGUAAGUCCCUCAUUUUGUAAGUUUUUUGUGAAAAAUACGCGACCGACUUUGAGAAACUUCCUUGAAAAACGAACCAUCUUUUGCUGAAAAUUGAGUGUUUGAACUAUGAAAAAGCAAUUUCCCUGUGGUUUGAACGCUGAAUCCGCCUGUCAAAUGCAGUCUUGGAAAACUCAAAGUUUUCUCCCUCCGUUUUAUUUUGCGUGAAGAACUUCUCCAAAAGCCAAUAACAAGAAGGAAACGGAAUUCGAACUUGUUUGUGUGCAAUUAUUUUCGCGAAUAUUUAAGACCAGUGUGACUCUUGAAUUUGAGAAUGCCUCGUGUUUGAUAAUUGGGAGUAUUGGCGAAUAUGGAAUCCCCAUGGACGAGUUGGCUUGAAAACAGAAAUUUUGAAACUUUGAUUUAUGUUUUAAUAUUCGCAAUUUUUUUUUUAUAAAAAGUUUCGGAAAAAUAAAUUGUGCACUGUUUCCAAAAAAAUUACUUCUGUGUUCAUUUGAAUGGCAAAAUUUUUUUUAUGAGCUUAAGUUCACAGGAAUUUGGGAAAUGACAUAAUUAAAUUAGAAGAUUUAAAAAAAUCGAAUGAAUUUUUUUCAAAUAGAACAGGACACUUUUUAUGAGCUGAAGCUUGCUUUUAAAAAACCACUCUCAAAAAAAUUUUUUUUUUAAGACAAGCAUUUUCAUUUUAUCUUUCCAUUUCAUAUCGAAAGUUCAUUCAGCAAUCUGCAAUCAGCACAAAAAAAUCAAUUAAAUUCAACAGCUGAUCUGUGGGAACACCUGCAGGAAAAGAAUAGAAUGUAUACUUCGAAAAACUUUGUUUCUUUCUCAGAAAGGAAUUUUUCAGAAAGAGGAGCUCGAGCUCGACGACGAGGUCCUCUUUGUUCCUUCUGGCGGCGAUGGCUGCGGCUGACACUCUGUGUCUCUUCUCUCUGCUUUUCCUUUUGUGUCUGCGCUUCUUCAAACUCGAAGAUCCGCUCUUUCUCACGUUGGUUUGCAAGGUGAGCAUCAACUACGGAAAGUUGAAGCCUCAAUGGUCAGAAACAGAAAAAAGUAGAACUGCGCAUAACACUUCCGUUUCUUGAAGAAAAUGUCGCGGCGGAGGUUUUUGAUCUGUUCGAUGACAAAGAGCCGCGGUAAAUAGUUCGUUGCGUAGUUGGAAGUGGAUUAACGAAUGCGUAAAUGAUCUGGAAAGACAACGGAAACGUUCCGAUUCGUUUUUUGGACCCCUUCUGGGUUUCAGGUAAACAAAGGGGCAAGAAAACCUUGUGUUGGAAUAACUGUGGCCUUCUCUAGACUAAACAUUGCUCUCCUUGACACUUUCGGAGUUUGGAAAUAUUUUCUCAAUUCACAGAUUAUAUUGGGAUCUUCGCCAUAUCCGCAUCUUCUCUUAAUUUCAGAGAAACUACAUUUAUGCAUACUCAUGUAUAAGAAUAGAGAGAGAAACAAUUAGGAAAAUGGAGAAAAGACGUCGCUUUGUACUUUUCCUCCUCCUACGCCAUUCGACAUUCUCACAGACACGCAAAGUCAAAAAUAAAGAAAAAGUUGGGUUUUUCAAAAUCUUUAAAAUUUUGCAAGUUAUUUUCUCAACACUUACAGUAUAUUCUUGAACACUGGAAGUUUCAAGGAGCUCUUUUUUCAUAGAACUAAUAUUUGCGUUCGUUUUUGCGAGUUCUUCAUAGUUCAUUAGUUUCAGUUUCACAGAAAAUGCAGGAAAAAGUGUCACAUAUGAAAGUCCGUGAACAUUUCUUCAUUGGAAAUGAAAAAUUUCAAUUUCCGAGCUCUUAUCCGCUCUUUGUUUGCAAUGAGGCGCAAAAAACUUCCUCAUACGUUCUCUGCAGGAAAUAAGGGUUAUUUGAUGGUUUUUCUUUUAAAAAAUGUUUGGUUCUGUCUGAACUACGUCUUCUGAAGAAAAAAAUGGUUUCGGCGUGAGACGGAGCUCAAAUAUCAAAAAAGAACCUCAAUCUUCGUAUUUCAAACAUUUAAUAUUUAAAGUUUACUAUGGAAACGAUUAAAAAAAGUCACAAAGGUAUGAUGUGGGGCCAAAGGGCAAGUGUUAUAAAAGGCAAUCUCGAAGUUUUAAUUGAUAGACCGUUCUAAGGAACAAAUUCCUAAAUUGAAAAUAGAGAAAGUUAGUUAAUUAAAAAAAUACUUUUUUUGAUCUCCAGAGAAAAGAUUCGAACUUGAAGAUUUUUUUCUCAUUUUUGUAACUCCGUUUAUUGAAAAAAGUUUUGAAAAGAGUGCGAAAAAAGUUUUUUUCAUUUGAUUUUUUUUCUAGUUGUUUGUUUAAGAUUAAAAUAGGAAAACAAAGCGGCCCAGUACUUCAGAAUUUUCAUAGUUUUUUUUUAGCUGGAUGUUUUCGUGAUGCACACGACGUCGUCUUUCUCGAUCUGGUGCUGGCUGGUUCUGUCGGCGGUCCGCUACAUGGCCGUCUACAGGCCUUAUACUCAUCUGCGGCUUGAUAGGGAGCCUCGCUUUGCUGUGGUUCGUUGAUUUGCAGACUUAAAUUCGACUUCUUCUUCAACCAUUCUAUCUUAAGUUCUGAGGGCUUUAGCAAACGUUUUUAUGAUCAGUUAAGGCCAUUUUUUAAUGAUUAGAAACUAAUCUUUUUUUUGCUGCCAGAUGCAUUUUUAUGAAAGAUAUUUGCUGCUGCUAGAUGCUAUUUAUAAGAGAGAAAAAAAUAUUUCUGUGGACCAUUUUCUAUAAUUUAUAUAUAAACUUCCAUUCAUUCGUUUUUCGAACACCAAAAAUUAUUAGAAAAAACAUGCAAUUGACCUUGUUGGAGUUUUGAGGAAGUGACAGAGUCGAAAUUUCCAAAUAAAAGUAUCCAUUUUCACAAAACAACCGUUUCAGAUUACGGUAGCCGUUUUUUGCUGCCUUUCUGAGGCCUGGGUCCUCUGGGACAUUGCCUACGACGACGAAUCUAAGUGUAGGUUUUUCAAAUUUUGACACACAUAUUUUUAGAAAAGAAAAAAAAUCUAGUAUGUGGGCAAAAAUUCAUUCUUCAACACGUUGAAGGGUACAUUAAAAACAAGAUUUCUUACUUUUUCAGCCUGCGGUGGCCCAGAAACGGAAAUCAGUCGCCAUUUUCAAAUAUUCGAAAUCAUCAUCUCCUAUUUCCUGCCUGUCGCCUUCAUCACAAUCCUCGACAUCAAGGUUUUUUUUUCUGCCUCUUUCGUAUUUUAAUUAAUUUCUUGACUCAUUUGACGUCGUCGGACGUGAUGCGCCUUGGGUUUUUUCAACCUAAAAUAAUGAUAGGGUCGAAAUAGCAGAGGUUUUGUAGAGUGUAGGUGGGUGCAAGAAGCCUGCCAAUUACAUUUUUGCAACCUUGGCUUGCGAAUUAUGAUAAUUGGUCCCUUGUGUGUGUUUUGAGCUGCAGUCGUAAUAAUAGCUCUGUGAGCAAGAAAACUUUGGAAGAGUUUGAAAGUUAAGGUUUUGAGAUUUAGUUACAGAGAGAGAUCAAGUUUUGCGGGAUUUAUUUCAAAAAAGUCGUUUAUACGAACUUCCCUAAAAGAAAGGCAUCAGGACGAAGAUAAGGGAAAAGUCAAGAAAAGAAACAUUUCAAGAUUUUGAAGCAAAAACAAAUGAAUGAAUUACAGUUAAGUUAAAGUUUUUGCGAAAAAAAAAUAUUUGUAUCUUUGCAAUCUCGUAAAAUUCUUUUCAGUGUAAUUUUUGAAUUAUUUACUCACGUUUUGCGAUUUUUUUUCAUUGUUUAGAUUGACCCUAUUGAUCAUAUUGUAUACUAUGACAAUAUAGAUCGGAAAAAGUUAAGUGAAAUUUUUUAUUGCCUUUAUCAAUUGACUUUUAAAUAAUGUUUACAGGUUCUUCUAUGUCGAGCCGUGUGGUUCUCGCACGUGACACACAAACCGAGUAACGUGGCCAGAGAUUCCGUCACGAACGCUUCGAUCAGAGAAAAAGAAGCGACGCCAACCGCUUCAGGGAACACUUCGAGACCUCCUUCUCUUGGUAGAAACUGAGAAAGUCUAGCAGAUUCAUGAUAAAUUCCACUUUCUCAGACCAUAAACUCUCCGUGACUCUGCUCAACUCCAAUCUCUCCUUCAUGGAAGUCUCGCUGAGCAGAUCGAGGUGGGAAUUAUUAUUCAAAUCGUCAAAGUCCAUCGCUGACGUCAAGUCUUUUUUUCUUUUGGUUUCCGACUGGAAAUGACAUUCUCGUCACUCAAUGUGUCUCGUUUGCUCCGAAGAAGUAGUCAAUUAAUAAAUGAUGGAUCAAAUAUUCGUAGAACUUUUCCGCCGCCUUUCUCACAUUUAUUGCUUCGGUUUCGCGUUCUUUUCAAAUUCCUUGUGAGGGCGUCAAAUAACAUGGAAGUAGGUAUAAUUUCUCUAAUCAUAGGGUUUUUUGUGCGAAAAUCAGUUUUAAAAAGCUGCUUGACUUCUGAUUUCCUAAAAAAAAAUUCGCUCAAGAGUUCUACCGAGCAUUGAACUCAAAAAAUGAAAUUUUUUUUUGGAAAAAAAACUGAUAAAAACAUUUGUUAUGAUAAUAGAUUAUUGAAUACAUACAUAGGAGAAAAAUCUUUGAUGGUUUUCAGAUCGAAAAAGCGGCAACAGAUGCGUGUGCUACGUCGCUGCCUCUGCAUCACGAUUUUCGACCUUUCGAUGAACCUUCCGUCGUACCUGCUGCGGCUCUACCUGGCCAUCACUCCCAAGGACGAGGUCACCAACUGGGAGCUCAUCUUCAUCGUCGAGGAAAUCUCCCAAGUCAUGUACUUCGCCCAGUUCGCCCUCAACGCCGUCUACCUCGUCUGCAUCAUCUACGACACGCCGAGAAAAAAGUGCACGGUUGGUGAUUUUUGUCCUUUCUGGAUGAUUCAGAAGAUCAUUGAGCGUCCGUGAAAACAUAUAGUUGCAACAUUUGAAAUAUGAAUAUUCUCAGGCGCCGGGCACUCGACUGAGCUUCGGAGCGACGCCUCCACGCUGCAAUUCCAAGAAAUCGCCCAAAUCUUCAAUCAGAGAAAGCUGUAA